UUUUUUACCUUUUACAAUUAUGCGUAUAACUUUAAAAGGUAUUAAAUGCACAUCAUCAAUCCUGAAACUGAAAGCAGCUGUAACUGUGAACACCUAAUCACUAACCUGCUGCCAAAUUCCAUAGAGUUAGUAAGCCAUCUCUUAUCAGCCUCCCCACUCACACUUCUCUUUAAAGCACACACAAACUUGUUACUCAUGUGAUAAAGAAGCAACAGCUCAGCUGAGGAGAGCCUCCAGAGAAUUUCCAGGUUUUCAUUGGCUUUGAGGAGGAAAGAAAACACCGGCAAGCCAGGGGAGGAGCAAACUAAGGUGUGGUUCCUCUGCAGGUAAAAAAAUACUUCACUGCCAUGGUUAGUUGAUCUAACCAGUAACGGUGGUGACACAGCAUGAUACAGAGACAGAAGAGUCCAGGAGUUACGUUCAAAAUCAUUAUUUUAAUAUUCUUUGUUGCUCCAAUUUUUUGUCGGAACUGACAGAUAAAAGUCAGUUAACCGCAACUGAAGUCCUGUUAUAAAUUUUUUAAGUGAAGCAACAUCCUGUAAUUUUUUUUUCCACUACAUAUGGGGAAGGACAGCAACACCCAUCUAUAGACAGGAGAGUGUUAACAUGCUAGAAAGUGGCUUUGCUAAGGGAGGACAAGGAGGACAAAGUAAGGAAAUGAAACUGGCAGAAAGCAAGAGAUGGUGUCGUUGGUCAAGAUGUCACGGCUGUUUCUUCAUUCUGGUGUUGACUGUAGUUGUGUUUUAUUACAACACAAACAUUAAGGAAAUGGCACAUGACUGGAGCCCUAAAUGGUGGAUGAAAUAUAAUGCAACAAAAUGGUUUAUUCCAUUUAACAGUCACAAUAACGUCUUUCCCAAUGUGAGUGAUCCCAGCACUCCUGGAUCUACACCUGAACUGACCACUGCUGCUGGAUUGACAACUGUAGAAAACUUGUCUACAUUUCCUCAAACUGAGAAUAUCGCUGAAAUAACAUCAAGAACCGUGGCAGACAGGAAUACACCACACCAAACUGAAAACUCCUCACCGGUGACUCAGCAGAUAACGCAGAAGAAGAAUGUGAAGCCAACACCUAUCCCUUAUGUAUCUCCGGGGCCGUACGUAGUGGAAUACCCCUAUGACUACCACUUCAUUAUAAAUGAGUCAAAGAAAUGUGAGGAGCAGAAGCCUUUUCUGGUUCUGAUAGUUCCUGUGGCGCCCAACAACAAGGCGCAUCGUGACAUCAUCCGAAGAACAUGGGGAAGUCAGAGUGAAGUACAGGGUAAAGUAGUGAAGCUGUUCUUCCUGCUGGGGAUGCACAGUGGAGAUGGAGUCGAGCAGGUCCAGGAGCAGGUGCAGCAGGAGAGCAAAGAGCAUCAAGACCUGAUCCAGAGCAACUUUGUGGACUGUUACAAGAACCUGACCAUCAAGACCAUGAUGAUGCUGGAGUGGCUGGACUCCUACUGCUCCGACGCCUCCUAUGCCAUGAAAAUUGAUUCGGACACGUUCCUGAAUUUGCCUCUUCUUAUCAACAUGUUGUCAAACGCUCCAAAGACAAACUACAUGACUGGACUUGUGGCGGGAAAUGCUGCAGUCCUGAGAGAUCCCAGCAGUAAGUGGUUUCUGCCUUUGGAUCUUUACCCUAACCCGCAGUACCCACGGUAUGCUUUGGGCUUGGGAUACAUUUUGUCUUUAGACCUCCCUAAAAAGCUAGUGGCAGCAUCCAGGCAUGUGAAAGCUCUUUACAUUGAAGAUGUGUAUUUGGGGUUAUGUAUGCAAUACUUGGGCUUAUCUCCCACCAACCCCCCAAACUGGGGUUAUUUUAUUGUCUCUCCUUUGCAGUACAAUCGCUGUACUUUUUCCGGGUUAGUAGUCUGCUUGUUGGCUGAUAAUACUGAUCGAUUGUGGAUUUGGAAAGACUAUAAUAGACCAGGGCCAUACUGCUGAUCUUUAAAAAAAAAAAAAAAAAAAAGGAUGUUCCGGCUAAAAA